GCAUAUCCUGACUGGAAGGCCGGUGCAUCGAUACCCUACGCGGCUCUGGUCGCGACGUUCUCGUUGAUCGAAUCGACCACCAAACGUCUCGAGAAGGUGUCGCAUACUUCGCUGUUUCUGCGGCAGGUGUUGAGGCUGACACCCGACGAGUUACUAUUGGUCAUCCACUUGAUGAUCAAUAGAAUCGCCGCGGACUACGAGGGCAUCGAGCUGGGAAUAGGCGAGAGUCUGCUGAUGAAGGCUAUCUGUGAGUCGUGUGGACGGACAUUAGCGACACUCAAGGAAGAGCAUAAACAGAUUGGGGACCUGGGCGAGAUCGCGCAGAAGAGUCGGAAUACCCAGACGACCCUGUUCCCGCCGAAGCCACUUACUGUUCGCAGUGUCCAUACUGGACUCAGGGACAUCGCGUUGGUCAAAGGAGAUGGUGGUCAGGGUCGCAAAGUAGACGGCAUCAAAAAGAUGCUGUCUGCUGCCAAGGGAGAUGAAGCCAAGUUCCUUGUUCGCGGACUCGAGGGAAAGCUGAGACUGGGACUGGCGGACAGAACAGUCAUCGUGGGACUGAGUCAGGCCGUCAUCGUGCACGAGGCGGAAAAGGCAGGCAAGAAGGCGCCCAGUCUGGAACAGAUGAUUGCCGCAGAAGCCAUGCUCAAAGAGGUCUACAGCGAACUACCAAAUUAUGAGAUCAUCAUCCCCGAGAUCAUGAAAGUUGGUAUCAUGAAUCUCAAGGACGCCUGCAAACUCCAGCCCGGUGUUCCACUCAAGCCUAUGCUCGCAAAACCCACCAAGUCGAUAGCUGAAAUCACGGAUCGCUUCGAGGGAAAGAGAUUCACGUGUGAGUACAAAUACGACGGCGAGCGAGUACAGAUCCACUAUGUGGCACCUAACUCUUCGGUCGAGUUCCCGACUAUCGACCAAAAGAAGGGGAUUGCCAAGGUCUUUUCCCGCAAUUCGGAAGAGCUGUCGCCCAAGUACCCUGAUAUACUGGCUGCUCUAGAUAAGUGGGUGACAGAUGGUGUCGAGAGUUUCGUGCUCGACUGUGAAGCUGUUGCUUGGGACCGGGUUGAGAAGAGGGUCCUCCCUUUCCAGCAGCUCCAGACGCGUAAGAGGAAGGACGUUGCCGCCGAGGACGUCAAGGUUAAAGUCUGUGUCUAUGGAUUCGACCUUCUCUUCCUCAACGGAAAGUCGACGGUCCAAGACAGUCUGGCAGACCGCCGCAAGAUGAUGUACACAUCCUUCAAAUCUGUGGAAGGCGAGUUCGCGUUCGCCACAGCCAUUGACGGCCAAGAAGUCGAAAUAAUCCAGGCCUUCCUCGAAGAAUCCUGUAAAGCAUCUUGUGAAGGCCUCAUGGUCAAGAUGCUCGACACGCCCGACUCCUAUUACCAGCCAUCGAAGCGCUCCCGCAACUGGCUCAAGCUCAAGAAAGACUACCUCGACGGCGUGGGCGACUCCCUCGACCUCGUCGUGAUCGGCGCCUACCACGGAAAAGGCAAGCGCACGAGCGUCUACGGCUCGUUCCUCCUCGCCUGCUACAACCCGGCCACGCAGAACUACGAGACCAUCUGCAACAUCGGCACGGGCUUCUCGGAGGAGGUCCUCAUCAAGUUUCACACCCAGCUGCUGGAAUUCGAGAUCGAGAAACCGAAGCCGUACUACGUCCAUGCCACGGGGAACAUGCAGCAGCCAGACGUCUGGUUCGAGCCAAAGGUCGUCUGGGAGGUCAAGACCGCCGACCUCUCGCUCAGCCCGAAGUACAUGGCCGCCAAGGGACUGGCCGAUGUCGAGGGCAAGGGCAGGGGCGUCAGCUUGAGGUUCCCACGCUUCAUUAGGGAACGCGACGAUAAGAAGCCCGACGAUGCUACCUCCGCCCAGCAAGUGGCCGAGAUGUAUCAAAACCAGGACGUUGUGAAGAACAACGCCAAGAAGGGCGUCGAUGAUAACUUUGAAUACUAG